UUUUUGGGCUGUGUUGGGUUAAAUAAAGCCUUGGUCUACCGGGCUUGGCCAGUCUUGACUUUAUUUCUUGUUUUAUACUUAGACUAUUCGGGAUUUGAGGUGUGUAUACGAGAUGGGUCGACGAUUGGGCCUCUUCCGGGCCAUUUACCUGGUAUCCGCCAGUUGUAUGGGAUCGUUCGCCUUUGCUUUCGAUACGGGCGUUAUCAGCGGUGUUCUGACUCUGGAGUCCUUCCAAAAUGAUUUCCGAUACGGCUCCAAACAGCAGACCUCGGUCAAUUCCAACGCCGUGUCGAUCCUACAAGCGGGCGCAUUCUUCGGCUGCUUCUUCACGAUGCCCAUCGCAUCGAGACUGGGUCGUCGGUCGGGUCUCAUUCUCAGCUCCUUGAUAUUCACCGUCGGGACCAUCUUGCAAGUCAUCAAUGCGCAUACCCUCGGCACCUUCUACGCGGGACGGGUCAUUGCUGGCGUGGGCAUCGGUGCGGCAACCGUGUUGAUUCCCAUGUACGCGGCGGAGAUGUCUCCGAAAGAGAUUCGUGGUCGAUUAGGUGCUUGCUUCCAGCUGUUCUUCGCAAUGGGCGUCAUGAUCGCAUAUUGGGUUACGUUUGCCGUAUCGAAGAAUCAGCCUUCCGCUACGAAGCAGUGGCAGAUUGCGCUGGGACUGCAACUGCUGCCCUCGACUCUGCUGUUGGCAGGGAUGUGCACGGUCAAAGAGAGUGCUCGAUGGCUGGCGGGCAAAGGAAAAACCGACAAGGCGUGGGAGUCGCUAAAAUGGGUCCGAGGUGGCGAGGAUACGGAGGAGCUACGGCAGGAAUUUGACGAGAUUCUUGCAGGCAUCGAGGAGGAGGCACGAGUUCGAGAAAAUCUGACAUUCCGCGAGCUCUUCCUCCCUGUGAACCGGUACCGAUUGUUCAUCGCCGUCACCAUUCAGCUCUGCGCACAGCUGACCGGCAACACCUCACUAGCCUAUUAUGCCAACCAGAUCUUCUCGGCCGUCGGCGCCGGCAGCUCCGCCAAGCUGGUGACGGGGUUCUUCGGAGUGGUGAAAGUAGUCGGGGUCAGCAUAUUCCAGCUCUUUGUGAUGGAUCGCAUUGGCCGACGCGUGCCGUUCAUGGCGGGUGCCUUCGCCAUGGGGUCAUUCAUGCUCAUCAUCGCCUGCGUUCUGGCCACGCAUCCGACCAGCGCUAGCGGGGAGCAGUCCGGGGCCACUAAGGCGGGAAUCGCCAUGAUCAUCAUGACCUACGCGGAGGCGUUUAGCUUCAACAUGUCCUGGGGGCCUUUGCCCUGGCUGUACGUGGGCGAGAUCUUCUCGAGUCGUACACGAGAAAUCGGCGUGGCGGUAGGAGCCGCCUCCCAGUGGCUUUUCAAUUUCAUGAUGUCUCAGGUGACACCUCAUGCGAUUGACAAUAUAGGGUGGCGGAUGUUCUUAAUGUUUGCCAUCUUCAACUAUGCGGUGAUAGUGUACUCGUGGUUCUUCUUGAAGGAGACAUCGCAACAUUCUCUCGAAGAAAUGCAGGAAGUCUUUGGUGGCGAGCCGCAACCCGACAAACUCCAGGAAGAACAGGGAGGCCUGGACCGGAAGUAGGAGCGGGGAGAAACAGGGGAAGUCUGGCGUUCAGACUCCGACAUAAAGAAACCAAGGAUGAGCUCCGCUCGUCUUUGUGCUGGACGUUACACACGUCCGCGCUAGCCCUAACAUUCCCAGUCCAUCUGGCGACCUCCAUUGGCCUCAAUCUCCGCUUCUUUUCUCCGCAUUUUCUUUCUCCGGAUUUUUGCGCGGUCAGACGUUAAACUCUCCGAAAACUCGUGUGAUCGCCGACGUGUCUUCUAACUAGCUUGGUUUAUUUCUUUUCUUCUUUCUCCUGGGCUACUUUUUGCCUUAUUGCCGUUGGUCGGCGCUAUAUAACUCGGGGAUUUAUUAGAUCAUCGUCUUGGCUCUGGCGCCAAUCUUACCAGCCUGUCUGUCCGUCUGCCUGUCUUUUCUGCGCUAAAUGAUGGACUUCUGCUGAUCUGCUUUCCUUCACAUCCUUCAAUUAUCAUUCCCCAUGCCUCAAUCAUGUCUAUAAACAUGCGAUAAGACAGCAAUAAACCAGGUCCAUUCAUAAAUCUAUA